AUGAAGUCCUCCAUUGCCGCCGUUGGCCUCAUGGCCUCCCUCGCCAGCGCUUCCGCCUACCAGCCCCGCCACUUCCACUGGCGCCGCGACAACACCACCGCUCCCGCCGGCUACACCACCCUCACCGUCGAGGUCACCGAGGUUGCCACCGUCACCUCAUGCGCCCCUACCAUCACCAACUGCCCUGCUCGCAGCGCUACCCUCUCCGCCUCUGACCUCUCUACCUACGUUGUCACCAACACCGUUGUCUUGACCGAGGUUGUCUGCCCCGUCACCGAGGCUGCCAGCCUUUCCAAGUCUCUGGUCCAGCAGCACUCUACCGGCGGUCUCCAGGGCUCUACCCGCACCGCUCCCGUCAUCACCACCCCUACCGCCGCUCCCUCCAUCCCCCUGUCCACCGCUGGUGUCACCAACUCUGCUCAGGACCCUACCGUCACCAGCCCCCCUACCGCUGGCGGCGACGAUGAGGAGGAGGACGAUGACUGCCCCGCUGAGGAUGGCGAUGUCGUGACUACCGUCACCCAGAUCAUCUCUACCAAGACCCUUACCAUGACCGUCGGCAAGGGCUCUACCGCUUCCGUCGUCACCACCGCCAUCCCCACCACCAUUGAGUCUACCAUCGUCGUCACCAAGCCCACUGGCUCUGCCACCGGCGCCGGCGAGGAGCCCACCACCACCACCACUGCCACCUCCACCGGCACCCGCACCGUCACCAUCAAGCGCCCCGGCCAGACCGCCGAGUCUGCUUCUCCCAGCGGUACCCUCGGUGCCGACGGCCAGUGCGCUUGCCCCUCCGCCGUGACCGUCACCAUCCCCGCCUCCACCGUCUACGUUACCAUCGGUGGCUCUGCCCCCGCUGCCACCCCCUCCGCCAGCGCCAGCAAGACCGCUUCCGCCGAGGCCCCCGUCACCACCGGUGAUGUCGGUGCUGACGGCGAGGACGAUGAGGAGGAUGACUGCCCCGCCGAUGAGGACGUUGUCACCCUUUCCACCACCGUCACCGUUGCCCCCUACCCCACCAACGGCACCGCCUCCGGCGCCGCUAAGCCUACCGGCUACUACAAGCGCUCCAACAAGCUCUUCUAA